CCGAAUGAAAUGACUUCUUGGAGCCGGAUGUGAGCUUUGUACUUCUCUCCUGAAGUCUGCAACUGUCUUACAUGCCCUAAUUACACCGCGGUGGGGGUAACAGUACCGAUGGACCUCACGUCAAAGCAGGUCGCCUUGAGUGGCCGUUUGAAGCCCGAGGCUCGCUUGGGUCUAGCAAUUUCCGAAUUUGCACAAACGCUCGACAGUGAGCGCAGGAACGAGUUUCGAUCCAUGCAGAGUAAGCAGGAUGCCCAAAUAUCAGGGCGAGAUAUUAUCAAGAUGACCGAAGAAAUCAACCAGGAGGGAGCGCGUCGCCACAAAUCCUGGAGACCACAUGGAACCAAAGUGGGCGGCUUCCUCGCUCGAAUCCAGGCUUUCGCCGCCAUAGGAGACGUGUUGGUUGGAGGGUCUCAGAACCUUAUCGCAACCGGGGUAUGGAGCGCUGUAAGGCUGUCAUUGACAAUUGCUACGAACUAUUUGGGCUACUUUGAGAAGCUGUCAACUCUUUUGAUGCGGCUAAAUACCUCGUGGACACUUCAUGAAGACUUUUCUCGACUUUUCCCCACAUCUGAGGUACUGCAGGCAUAUUUCUGUGAAUACCUGGUCGUCCUCAUGAGGCUUUGCAACAAGGUCGUCAUGUUCUGUCGGAGAAAGACCGGGGCACAGCUUCUCUCGUCUAUAGGCUCGUCCUUCGAUUCAGAGUUCGGGCCUGUCCAAAAAGAGCUAGACCAAUGGGGUUAUCUGAUCCAACAGCAAACCCAAGUCCUCGCUACAAGACUAGUCGUCGACUCGCAACAAGACAAAUUCUACAACCUGAAGCAACAACUAUUGUGGCGAAUUUCACCUCACCAGAAUGAAUUCGAGACCAGAUGGAGACGCGAACGGAAGAAAGGAACCUGCGGAUGGAUAUUCGACACUUCGAGCUUCGAGGGUUGGAGGUCUUCCCAGACGUCAGCCACACUUUGCAUCAGCGGUAAAUUGGGCAGCGGAAAAACUGUGUUCAUGGCAAAUCUAGUUGCCCGGAUGAAUCUUGAACAACCGUGCGCCUACGUCUUCUGUGCUUCUCAGGAAGCGAUCAGUACCAAAGCCGAGCACAUAUUGGGUAGUAUUGCCUUCAACCUGAUUGGCAAUCUGCCCACAGAAGAAACAUCACACAGGAUACUCGCACAAAACGAUAUCAAGCAGGCAUUUGAUCCGGAAACAAUCAUUGACCUCCUUCUACGUCUCCUUCCUAAAGAUAGGAGGUAUAUCAUCAUCGCGGACGGCUUAGAGAACUGCCCUGAUGUUGAUUUGCAUGACGUUCUUCUUGGUCUCCGUCGCCUGAGCCAAAAUCGCCUGGUUCUGUUCUGUUACUCCAGUCGAUCCAACUCGCGCUUUCAACAGGUUGCUGAUGAACAGCUCGCCCCGGGAUACUUUGUUUCUCAUGAUAAUUCCAACCAUGACGAAGAGCUUGACGCUUAUAUUGUGGCAGAAGUCACGAGGAGGAACACGACACGACAUCUGAGUCCUGACUUGGAGGAGUUGGUGAAAAGGCAGCUAAUAUCUGGAGCACAGGGAAUGUACCUAUGGGUCUCGCUUCAACUUGAAACAAUCUUCCCAGCAGACUCAAAGGCUGUCGUAACGGAUCAUGAGGUACUGAACCUCAUUUCAAAUCUUCCGAAAGAUUUGCCAGGGGCAUUUGAGCAGGCUCUAGAAAGAAUAUACGACCCCAAAUAUGAGGGCAAGAUCAUGAAGCUUGUCCUAUCUGCUGCGAGGCCCCUCGAGCUUGAUGAGAUCAGAAUUGCACUAUGCGUUGUUGCCGGAGAGCCGGUUUGGCACCCGGAAAGAAUAGCCAAGCAUGGGACGCAACUCAUCUCGCUCUGCGGCGGUAACCUGCUCGAUCUCGAUGAGGAGGACAGAAAGGUGCGAUUCAUCCACCACAGCGUCAUCCAACACCUACUCUCACCGGGCACCGCUGAAAAUACGACCUCAUAUCAUUUCACGGUCGAGGAUGCUGAGAAUUUCAUGGGAGCUACAUGUGUCACAUAUCUUCACCUGCCGGUUUUGGAUUCAAGAAUGACGGUGACAAGAAAUCUCCAAAGUCAGCAAGUAUUAGACAACGUGAUGGGGUCUACCCGUCAUUCUCUGCCAGGCCUCAAUCACUUGGUCCAACACAUCAGAUCGCGGGAGCAGAAGCGGGCCCGGCCUUCACAGGUCGAUAUCGGACACAUACUUUCGCAAAUACAGGCUACUCGUGUCCAACAAGAUCUCGACCCUCGUUGUUUCGCAGGUUAUGCCACAAGGCAUUGGGUGUUCCAUACGAGGUUCUUCGAGGCACGAUUUCAUAGCUGGAGGCUGUUCUGGCAACUUUUGUGUGGUGGCGUGGAAUGGGUCAAGCCGUCUUGGCCCAUCCCUGGGGAACAGCCAUUUGAGGCCCUGUUGUGGGCCAUAGAGCGUGGGCAUGGCGCCUUGUUCUGCAUGCUCCUCAACCUAGGCGAUCUGCGAAGAGGUCAGAUUACCCAGAUUGUAUGUGCCCUCGAAUCACAGAAGAGCAUACAUGGACAAUGGCUAGGUGACAUUUUGGCCCGGUAUCUCCUAGGAAUAAAUGCCAUUGACGCGUCCUCCGCCGGGAAAAGGAUCACAUUUCUCCUCGAAGCAGGCGCCGAUCCGACAGUGCGACAUUCGACCAUGGGGCUUUCACCUUGCGAUAUUUUCACACGUCAAAUCUGUGCGGAUGCUCGGUUUGCUGCAGCAGAACAGAAAGUCAUCCAUGCGUUCUUUUCUCACCAAGCUGUAAAGAGACUUCUUGACUAUCGGAGCGUUCAAGACGUAUUCACAUGGCUUCUGGAUAAUGGGAAACUUGUGACUAUCGCUGAGAUUCUAGCGUGUCGACCUGACUUGAAAUCGGUUCUUCAUCAGAUACAAACGAAAAAACUUCUCGCUAUCGAAACGGCACAGGAUCAUCUCAAUCGAGAUGGAAAGGCCGUCGAUAUGCAGCGUAUAAAUACGCCGACUUCCACAGGAACGACGUUGUUGUUGGAUGCAAUCGAGACAAGGAAUGAUGCAUGGGUCUACCACCUCUUACGCCUUGGCGCCGACCCAAAUAUUGGACCUUUCAAAAUGAGGCAACAUAUACAAAGCAUACACUUCAGGGCAACAUGCUACCCAUUGGAGGCUGCUUUGUGGCUAGGCAGGACACGAGUAUGUUUGGAGCUCCUACAUCACGGAGCAGACAUUGGCCGGCUUGGUGUAUCGCCCAUGCGCAUUGCUGAGGAGACGAACAACUGGAUCAUGAUCGCACGUCUUCAAGAGACACCAGGCUGGACUAGGCAGCUAGAGAAAGUCUGGAGCGAUCGACCCCGUGAGCCUGAUGGCACAGCACUAGUGACAGCGUGCCGGAUUCUCUCUCAACGAAGCCCCGGCGUCGUCGAGUCCCCGAACUCUCCGGAAUCGUCGGAAAACGCCGCCAUAACAGGCGAUUGGGCGGUUGAACUUGACCAGGUUAUCUAUAGGCUGGCACGCGAUGCCAGUCCAGAGUACGUGAAUACUCAAGAUUCACAAGGCAGAACAGCGUUGCACUACUUAUCUGAAGUUAAAACCGGAGACACCCGAGCCCUGAAUUCCAUCGUCACGUUUCUCCUGCGCAGAGGAGCAGAGACAAAUCUACCUGGGUAGCGGACUGUCAUAGCGAAAGCCCCUGCGGUUUGUAUCUUCAAUUUAGCACUACUAUCUUGUGUCUAGUGUAACCUUGCUUCUCUCAGAAAAGGCAUAGUAUAGUGUAAGGAGUUGAAUAGGAUCCCUAACGCUAUUGUUUCAAUACAGUGUGACAAUAUGGGAAGGGAACUUGUGGUUUUACACCAUCAGAUUCAGUUGUUAUAUCCUUAGCAACACGUUGAGGAAAGGCAAUCUUCGCUAAUCAUCAAAUAUUAUACUAGAGUGUUGGAAAUCCAUAUUAUCCCAUGACCAUGUGGCUCCGCUAAACCCUGGCUCCAUCCUCGGAGCCAAAAAUGAAAAGUUUAUUUCGACCCAAGCCUGCUUCAGGCGAAUUACACGCGGCUUGAUUUCAGACUCCUAUGAAGAUCAGCGGUUCAUGAGGGCCAGUUCUGGGGAAGCUUCGUUCUCAGCUAAAUCAUCGUCGUAGCCGUGAUACUUA